GUCCCCUCCUCCGACGAUUACUAUGAUCUAAAUGAAACCAAGUUGGAAGUGAAAGUACGUAUGAAUACAACAGGCACAGGAGGUCUUGAUGAUGAUGAAACAGCCGCCUCAGAUGGCAAUGACCCAAAAUAUGUGUGUGUCAACAAUUUUGGGCAUAUUCUCUUUAAUCAAAUGAAUGUGAGCUUCAACGGCGUAUUGAUGACGGAGCAAAGCAAUGCCUAUCACCACAAAGCCUACGUAGAAACAAUGUUGCAUUACAAUCGUGAAGAAGGAAAAACCAUCCUGGCUGCUCAAGGAUGGGUCAAUGAACUGAAUGUGGGUGCUUCAUUAACCCCUACCUAUGCUGGUACUAAUGAUAAACCCAAUCCCAACGACUGGGAUGGAAAAACAGGGCUCAAGUCCUUAACCCGCCGUUUGCUAGGCAAAGCGUAUCAUACCUUUAUGAUCAAACCUCACGUGUCCGCGUUCAGAACCGGAAAAUGUCUGGUGCCAGGGGUUCAAAUUGAUCUAGAGCUCUAUUUGAACGACAGUAACAUGUUUCUCUUUGGAACGCCAGACACGACCACCUCCGUAGGCAAAAAGAUUCUCACCCUAGAAGACAAUGACAUCUUUGUCACUCUCUGGAUGAAAAAAGUCUCUCUCAAUGCCUCCGUGUAUACCAGACUGCAGAAAGAACGUAGCCUUAGUAAAACCAACAAAGUACAAUAUCCUGUGGCUCGCAGUGAAAUCAGAACCUAUUCGUUUGAUGGCAAUAGCACUCGAUGACAACAGGACAUUGUUUUCGUGAACAAGGUUCCUGGGAAGGUUAUUAUAGGAUUAAUGAAUUCCACCAAUUACCAUGGAAGUCUGCAACACUACCCCUUUGCCAAUCAAAGUUUGCCUAUGACCGAUUCCUUACUGCCUCUGGGGCCUACAAACAUCACAAAAUACCUAUGAUGCGGACAGGGGAUUGGGGACAAGGCAAAAAUUGCACCCUGUUCAUGUUCAACAAUGUCCCAGGCGAUGCCGAUGACCCUGAGUACAGAAAUCCCAGACUCACAGGCAAUGUCCGCUAUGAAAUUGACUUCCGGGCAGCGGUCGGUCACAACAUUACCGUGGUGAUCUGGAGCGAGUAUGAAAAUAUCUAUGAAAUAGAUCAGUGGGGUGGAAUUCUUUAUUCUGUCAACAGCUAA